AUGUUGGCUGGAGCGCUUCGUGGCUUCCACCCAAGAUCUGCAGCCGUCGCUGUACGGCGCCUUCAUUCUGCCGGACUUGGAGGAAGGCCAGAAGUGUGCGGAGUGUUUCGAGCAGCUCAUGAAGUUGCACUUGCAAGACAAGCGGAAGAAUUGGGGAGCCGUGGCACGGAAGGAGAAUGUGGCAACUAUGCAAAUUCCAUCAUGAAGGCUCACGGCAAAGCCAAACCCUUCGGCCUGGAGCUGGACGAGCUCUUUGCGCUGGUCGCUUAUGCCUAUGACCAUCCCCCUGCCCCGCCGAGUGCCAACCUCUGGGCACUGCUGGGGUCUCUGGUCCGGGAGCGCCAGCUCCAAGAGGCUGGGCUCUUCCUGCGAUACUUCCAGCAGGCAGUGGAGAAGCGGACGCAGCGGCAGCCCGAGGCGACCUUCCUCUAUUGCGGCAUGCCAGAGAUGAACCUCACCCUGGAGGAGGGCAUGUAUAUCUAUUGGCGGACUUUCACCAGUUGGACACGCCACUUCCAAGUGGCACGUUCUGCUGGUGCUGGCGUCAUCCGCCUGACAGCCCACUGGGUUUGCGAGAUCUCAGAGUUCAGCGAGUAUUGCGUGCGAAAUUGCGUCUCCGAAGUGAUCCUGCGGCCAAACCAGGUGCUGAAGGUAGUUGCCUGUCCAGGCAUUUCUGAAGGCCAUGACAUCGCACUGGAUUUAUUGGAGGAGGAGGAGGAGGAGGAGGAGAGCCCCUUCUGA